UAAGUACACCACAACAAUGGUGCCAUCAACUGCGCGCAUGCUUAGCUCUAGCCCUACGAAUCCGUGCAGCCGCACGCCAUGCAGCGUGCGGCCCUUGAACCCCGUUCGCAACCCGAUGGCCUGCGCCGCGGGCCGGCGUCUAGAACGCUUGAGAGAGGAUGAAGAUGAAUGGAGGCAGCGCAAGGGGCUGCGGGGGAGCCCGACGACAACUAAAGGCGGGCGACGAAGGGACCGUGGCGAAGGCGGAGCUGACGCCGAACACGGGGACAGUCGGAGCGCCCGGGGGCGACCAACGGCUGCGGCCAUAUCUGCUGUGGAGCUCUCAGACCGGGAGCUCCAGGAGCCCUCAAGCAGCGGUCUCGGGCGGGGCAGCGGGGACGGGCAGGAGUCGUUGAGAGAGGAAGAAGAGGAGGCACGGGAGGAGGAGGGGGAGGACGAGGACGACGAGGCCGGCCCUCGCAGUGCGGAGGACGGUUUCUUCGACGGCAAGUCGUACCGCCUGGUGUCCACUGAGAGCGGCGAGAACACCAUCCUCAUCAACGGCGUCAAAAUGCACAUCUCCAUGAGCAAGCGGCCGUCGCAGGACGCGGAGGACAAGUGCAAGCUCAUCAAAGUGCGGAAGGGCUCGACGGUGCUGGACAUAUGCUGCGGCCUGGGCUACAGCGCCUCCGCCGCGGCCCGCCUGGGCGCCAAGCGGGUUGUGAGCCUGGAGGUGGACGCCAACGUGCUGGAGGUGGCGCGGCAGAACCCCGCCAGUGCGGCGCUGUUCGACCCGGAGGGGCCCAUACAAAUCGUGAUGGGGCCGGCGCAGGAGUCCAUACUGGCGUUUGACGACGAGUCGUUCUCGGGCGUCAUGCACGACCCGCCCCGGUUCAGCUUUGCGGGGGAGCUGUACUCGCAGGCUUUCUACAACGAGGUAUUCCGGGUGCUCAAGUGCGGCGGCCGCUUCUUCCACUACACAGGGAACCCCGGCGGGCGCAGCAGCAUCCCCAACGGCGUGAAGCGGCGGAUGAUGCUCAGCGGCUUCGUCAACGUCAAGUGGAUCGACACAUGCCAGGGCAUGCUGGGAAUCAAGCCCUGAUGGGGGUUGUGAUGGGAGCGCUGGCACGGGGGAAGUUACCUUGAUUCAUCUACCCUAAUUCAUUCACUCGAUGGACGAUGGCACGACGGCAAGAAAAUGAGGCAGUGAACAAGGGCGUGGUGCCGUGGGCUUUGCGCUAAUGGUCACGUGUGGCCGUCAGGCCGUGUUUGUGUGUGGUGUGGAGUAACACCGUCUUGCGGGAUGCGGCACCACAGCUUCAGGCCGUGCCGCCGCAUGGGUGACCGAGUCUCAAAUCACAUUCUCAAGGAGAGCCUUGGGCACGGUUCCUCGUAUCAGCGGCGAGCCCUUGAGCCUUGCUCCUCUUGUAGGUGUUUGCCGCAGACCGCAGACGCUGGUUGUUGGCAUCCAGGUUUGCGCGCGUGACCCGACCCGUUGCACUGGGGUAUAUUGUGGACGAGAG